GGAAGCAGGGCUCAACAAGGGAGUUGGCCAUCCAGGAAGUGUUUCCAAAAUUAUUUAUAAUAAUGUUUAUAAAUCUACCAAACCUUCAUAAAAUCUGCCCUGGAAUUGAUUUUCAGACAGUGGCGUCGCGUCAAGUAAAAGCCUGCCCCAAUAUCUCUUUAACUUCAGCUGAUAAUAUGCUGGUUGAUAGAUAUUAUGAUUGGCUGGAAAAUUCCGAGAUUAACGAGGGCAAGUUGGGUGAAUAUGAUUUUAUUGACCAUGCUGUGGAGAGGGAAAUGGAAGCAUCAAAAAGAGUUCAAGGGAGAGACCGAUCAAGAGCGGAACAGAGCAACAUCUCACCAGAUCUGUUAAACAUUAAGGAAACAGCAGAGGCAAGUAAUGAAAUCAAUGAUUCAGAACAAACUAACAAACCAGCACCAUUUGCUGGUCCUUCACAAAUUGAAUCUCCACAAAGUGAAAGAGAACGUCAUUUGCUUUCUCAAGAUUCACAAUCAAAGUCAUCAGAUUCUUCCUCCAAUACAGCAUCUUCUCAAGAAACAGCGAAGCCAGCAAAUGCUCAUGAAGGUUCUAAAUCAGAUGAAGCUAUCAAACCAAAUCAAAUCAUGAUUCCAGAAUCAAGCAAGUCAUCGCCAACAGCAUUUGUUGUUCCUCCAGACAAAGAAUAUCCACAUGAUAAUUUGGUUUGCCAAGAGGGCAAGGGCAAGAAAAUCACAUUGGAUCAACAAGCACUUACGAAAACAGAAUCUGAUAUGCAUCCUGAUGAUUCACAAAAGAUUAUUGAAGCAAGUGUUACAGAAACAUCAAAUAAAAUUGCAAUGGCAAUUUCAUCAACUGCUACUGGAACAAGUUCAUCAUUAAUCCCUUGAAUUUCUACUCCCGAGAAGCUUCACAUAGAGCCAGAGAGCUCACAGUCAGACCUAUUUGAUACUUACAUUACUGAAACUGCACAAGAUGAAGUUCAGGUCACUGAAGCAGAGACUUGCAAGCCUUAUGUGUCUAAACAACUUGAAGAUGAUGAUCUAAUGAAAUUAUUCAAGAUAAUGGAGGAAGGUGCUGACAUGGAAGUUCACUUGCCUUCUGCAUCUAAAAUUGCUGCUCAUGAAGAUGAUGAUGCUCUUGCUAACUUAGAAGCCUCGUUAAAGAUGAGUUUGAAUGAAAUAGCUAACUCCGAAGAAAGCAGACUUUGCCUUGAGAA